CCAGUCUAAUCUUCUUCCUCUUCGACUGUCUGAGCGCCCGCCCCCCGAGCUGCAGAGAGAGAGAGGCAACGACGCUCGACGAAAAUGGCGGAGAAGACAUCGGAUGCCUCCAAGAAAAACCCUAAGAAGGCCAACCUCUUGGAUCAGCACUCCAUCAAGCACAUCCUCGACGAGUCCGUCUCCGAGAUCGUUACCAGCCGUGGAUAUGUGGAGGAUGUGAGGAUGAGCAAUGUCAGGCUGGUGAUCGGUGCCGUCAUCAUCGUUAUCGCUCUCUUCGCUCAGUUCUACAAGAAGAAGUUCCCCGAGAACAGGGACUUCCUGAUCGGCUGUAUCAUAUCGUAUAUAGUGUUCAACGUGAUACUGCAGCUGCUCAUCUACACCAAGGAGAAGAACGCUAUAUUGUUCACCUAUCCUCCCGCGGGAUCCUUUAAUAGCACUGGGUUGAUCGUGUCCUCCAAAUUCCCGAGAUUCUCUGACUCAUACACGGUUACAAUAGCAAGCGCAGACUCCAAAUCAAUUUCUGCAAACAAACCAGUGGAACUUACUAAAAGCGUCACAAAAUGGUUCACCAAGGACGGGGUUCUGGUUGAGGGCCUUUUCUGGAAGGAUGUUGAAGGGCUAAUAAACGACUAUAAUAAAGAGCCAAAGAAGAGCAAAUGAUUGAAACUAAUCGCCUCCUUCUACUCGUCACAAUUAGUUAGACAAGAGUUCUAGUCCUCUCUCUUGAUUGAAUUACAGAUGCUCGAGAAGAAAACGGUUGCUUCUGAUGAAUUUUGCGGCAAAUGAUCAGACUAACUUGCUUCUGCUUUAGAAAACAAAUUUAUGGAGUCGACGAAUUGUUUGCUAUAAGUUAUAUGAUAUUUGAUAAUAGCAUGAUAUUGUGGACAUCA